CGCAGACAGAAGGCUACGGAGGGGAUAGAGCAGAGCACCGUUAUAGACAACGCUCCAGACUCGCAAGCUUCAAACCAUCGACAACGGCAAUUUUAACCAAAACGCGAAAUGAGAGCAAAGAAAGGCAGUCAGUGGGACGUCAGUUCAAGCUAGUCACAAAUAUGUUGAACGCUUUUUGGUGACUAUUUCUUUCAGAACACGCGCUGCAUUCAAUUGUUUUCUCGGGAAUGAGUGGUUCCUGAUACCAGGACAGUGGGAGUACUGGUCGCAAGAAGACAUUUCCGUGGCAUGCUACAUUUUUACCGGACAACAUUGUGCGACUUCCUCAGCUUUAUGGACAUUACCUACAAAAUGACUUCUGGGGAUGUACUGUAACUGAUUUUUUUCUCGUAUGAAACAGUGCUUUACGAACAUUGGCACAAGUGCAGCUCCAUUCAGAACGGAAGGAUCCUUGCCAAAAUUACCAACCUCUGACGGCUACCUUGUUUUAAGUGCAGUGGACAUCUGCAGAGGAAUUAUAUGGAGUUUUCUUUUGUCUGAUAAAGUAAGAACCACGUUUGUGGCACUAAUUCUACAUAUAUUUAAUUUCAUAUUCCCCAAGCGAUAUUAUCCUCCUGGCUUUCUUUGCGUCUUUCCAACACGAACCUCGUGAAUGAAAGAGGCGCGCGUCUUUAUUUGGAAAAUACAUAUUGGUGUUUUAUCAUUGAAAUAGAAACCAAAGACUUGCUUUAGGCCUACAGAUGAGUGAACGACUUUCAGCUUUGAAAAAGUUUUCGGUUUUUAAUUGAAAAGCAAAUUACCUCAGAAUCUCUGAACUGAAAAGUCAACAACGCUUUAAAAAUCCAAAGGAGUUGACCAUUAUUUCUGGACUGAGAAAAUAUCAGCGAUAUUCAAGACGUUUCUCUCUUUAUACAUUUCCUUUGGUCGAAGAGUGCGAGGAAGAUUUUAAAUGCUUUUCACUCAUCCAGAGGCUUUAAUUGUGUCUUCUUCCAUAUGAUGCGGAUUGGGGCGUAAUAAUCGCCGCAUCGUAUUAUUGUGUGGAUUACCGUCUCAGCAAUUACCUCAGUUUGAACUCAAUCUACACAAAGUGCGCUACUGGUAGCACCGAACAGAAGGUUGGAACGAUGCCCGAUUCACCUGCUGAUGUCAAAACCCAGCCCAGGUCAACUCCACCCACCAUGCCACCCCCACCCCCCGCCGUCAGCCAGGUGGCUAAUCGCAACGCCUCCUUCACGCCCACCACAAUGUUGAACGGCAGCAGCAGCGGCAACGGCGGCAGCAACGGCGGCCACGGCAACAGCAGCCACUCGCCCACGGCGCUCAACGGCGGCCCCUCCACGCCCAACGGCUUCUCCAACGGGCCGGCCGCCUCCUCCAGCGCCGCCCUCUCCACCCAGCAGCUGCCCCCGGCCUGCGGCGCCCGCCAGCUCUGCAAGCUCAAGCGCUUCCUCACCACGCUGCAGCAGUUUGGCAACGACAUCUCGCCCGAGAUCGGCGAGCGCGUCCGCAGCCUGGUGCUCGGCCUGGUGAAUUCGACUCUGACCAUCGAAGAGUUUCACUCCAAACUUCAAGAGGCCACCAAUUUCCCCCUGCGACCCUUUGUCAUUCCAUUUCUCAAGGCCAACCUGCCGCUGCUGCAGCGUGAGUUGCUCCACUGUGCGCGGAUGGCCAAGCAGACGCCGGCCCAGUACCUGGCCCAGCACGAGCAGCUGCUGCUGGACGCCAACGCCAGCUCGCCCCUGGACUCCUCAGAGAUCAUGCUGGAGAUCAACGAGCACGGCAAGAGGCGCACCCCAGACAGGACCAAAGACGGCAGCCUGGACCGCGACGGCCUGCACGCAGAGCACCUGGCCAAGCGGCCGUGCACGGUGAGCCCCAGCCAGCGCUUUAGCCCCGGCGGCGGCCCGCUGUCGGCCCACCCGCCCCCCAACGGCCUGGCCUCCGGCCACGCGCCCCCCAACGGCCUGCCGCACCCCGCGCCCCCCACGCCACAGCACUACCGGCUGGAGGACAUGGCCCUGGCCCACCACUACAGAGACGCCUAUAGGCAGGCCGAGCAGAGGGAUGCCCGCGAGAGGCACCGGCAGACUGCAGUGCACGGGACUCGCCAAGAAGAAGUCAUCGAUCACCGGCUGACUGACCGGGAAUGGGCUGAGGAGUGGAAGCACCUUGAUAAUCUGCUCAACUGCAUCAUGGACAUGGUGGAGAAGACGCGGCGCUCGCUGACGGUGCUGCGCCGCUGCCAGGAGGCCGACCGAGAGGAGAUGAACCACUGGAUCCGACGCUACAGCGACGUGGAGGAUAUGAAAAAAGGUGGGAGCACCUCCUCCUCCUCCUCCUCCUCCUCCUCCUCCUCCUCCGCAGCCAACCCGGCCGCCCAGCAGCGUCCCCCGCCACCACCUACGCUACCUCCACUCGCUCUGCCUUCAUCUCUCGCCCCACUUCCUCCUCCUCCUCCCCACCACCACCACCACGCCCACCACCAGGCCAACAACACCCCCAGCAACAAGUCGCACGCGCUAGAGAUCCACCGGGACUUCCUCCACCGGCCGCCUUCGGGGUAUCUUCCAGAGGAGAUCUGGAGGAAGGCUGGUGCCCCCAGCAUCCCGAUCUCCCCAGCACUAAAGCAACUCCAAAACAAACAGGAGGAGGCAGUGAACGAGGUGAAGCGGCAGGCCAUGUCUGAGCUGCAGAAGGCGGUGUCGGAUGCCGAGCGCAAGGCUCACGAGAUGAUCUCCGCCGAGCGCUCCAAGAUGGAGAGGGCGCUUGCCGAGGCCAAGAGGCAGGCCUCCGAGGACGCGCUGACCGUCAUCAACCAGCAGGAGGACUCCAGCGAGAGUUGCUGGAACUGCGGGCGCAAGGCGAGCGAGACAUGUAGCGGCUGCAACACGGCGCGCUACUGCGGCUCCUUCUGCCAGCACAAGGACUGGGAGAAGCACCACCACGUGUGCGGCCAGGGCCUGCAGGGCCUCCCCGGUGGGGGCGGCGUCCCCGUGGGCACCCCCUCCUCCACCACCUCCACGUCCUCCUCCUCCUCCAACGUGCCGCCCUCGCACUCGGAGAGCACGCCCCCGGGAGGGCCACUGUCGCUGGGGGGACCCGCGGGCGGAGGGAGCCCUAAGGACGCUGGAUCGAGCUCCAGCAGCGCGUCCCGCUCCACCACCCCGGCCACGCCUGCUCUGCUGGACUCGUCCUCACGCUGACUGGCCGACGCUCGGAGGCCUUCGCCAUCCUCGUCACCACCCCCACCGCUACCACCACCAGUCACCACGUUAAGCCAACACCUCCAGCUUCAGAUGCAGCUACGCCCCUGCCUCCACUGCUGCUGAACAGAACAGCGCCCCCUAUCUUCUAUCCAAAGCCAACCGCGAAGAGGAAGAGUCUCUCGCGAUGGCAUCUGUUCCUUGCCCGCACGCCCUGACCUUGAUGAAAUAUCUCUCUCGAUCUCGACAAAACAAAGAUUUUUAUGUGGGUGUUUUUUUUUUCUUGUGUGUUUGGUUGUGUGCGUGUGAACUGCACCUCGAAGUGCUGUGAUGAAAAGAAAAGGAAAAAAGGCGAACUGUGACCAAUGGUUACUUAGCUACCUAAGGAAAAGGCAUUUCUUUUUUUGUGGACUUGAAAUUAUGGUAGGAAAGGAAAAAACAAACUGCAACGCAAGGAUAAGGAAGAAGAAGAAGAAAACACAUCUCUCUCUUUCUCACUCUCUCUCUUGAAGCAAGGCUAGAUGCAUACCUACACACACCAUGAUGAGAAACUCGUACACCAAAUUCACAAACACACAGCGAACAUGACUGGGGUCCUGCCUGUUUAGCCUGCUCCCUGGCUGGGGUCUGCGUUCAUAUUAUUAUGAAUAAUACCGUCGGUGCUGCCAAGACACACUGAACGUGUUCCCUAAAUGCCUAUAAAUGGAAUGUGUUUCCCUUUUAUAAAUUGGGUUAGGUCCUUUUAACAAAUAACAGUGUGCAAACACUGUCAGCCCAGUUGGCACCAAAACAGCACUGAGAGCUCGGCAUCAAGGCCUGGCUUUUGCCAGCCUCCUUCGCAGCCUCGGCAGCCCCAACCCCCCUGGAAGGCUGUGGGUGAUGGGGUGGGUGUUCUACGUAGGGCAGGGGAUGAUGAGUGGGUGGAUGGAGGGUGCUGGUUGAGUUGGUGGCUGUGUGGUUAAACCCUGAGACCACCAUGCUCUUCCUUGUCUCCUUCACCGAUCUGAGACAGAACAGAGAAUGGAUUUAGGACCCCCCCACCCCACUCCCCCCCCCCCAUGAAACAUAAACACUUAAACCGAGGACUCCAAAUCCCCCCGGCCUCACCUCAGCCACCCCCCAAAGUGAAGAGACAGCCUUCAGGGUUGUAGUAGGCGUUAUAGACCAUAGGCAACAGGCACCCUCUGGUUUGUGUCCGGCUCCAGUCUGUGGGACCUGACAGAACAGGACAGGCUACCCCACCCCACCCCCUUCCCGCCCCCAUUACAACCUCCCUACCCCACUCCCUCUUCUCCACCACCCUUUUAAGUAUACAGCUGAAAUGUUCACCCGUUCACAGAUAUGUUCUUUGGCUUUAAUAAGACAGUCCAAAAAUCAUUAUAAAUAAUAAUAGUAAUAUCAAUGAUAAUAAUAAAUAAUAAAUAAAUAAUAAUAAUAAUAACAAAAAACCUUAUAAAGAAAAAAAAACCUGUUAACUACCUUGCUAGCGAGCCAAGAAAACCUAUACACCGGACUCACCUCUCUUAAAACUGAUGUGAAACCCAAAUGAAUUUUUUGAGGAGAAAAAAAAAGAAACACAGAAUCCAAACAUUUUUAUGACACUGCCAAAGUUACUGAGCGACUAAGGAGAAGCACUCACCUUGUAACCAAACUACAAAACGACUACUUCAAACUUCCUCAGCAAUGCCAGCCCUGUGAAGAGCAAGCAGGCUGUGUGUGUGUAUGAGGGGGGAGACGGGGGUACACCGAAUACCCCUCAAAACUCCCACAUAUGAACACACCCACUCAAACGCACUCUCCAAAAAAAACAAACGAUGGAGGAAAUGACGAAUGACAUUACCCACUACCCUACAGACUAAAUGCACUGCAGCUACAAUGUACAUUGCUAAGGGAUUGAAAUAAUGUGAAUUCACAUCAAUGGAGGACAAAAAGGACUUCAGAGUGGAUAGACAGACACUAAAGUGAGACACGGAGGUCAUACACACGUCUACACACACACAAACACACACACACACACACACACACCUACACACAUGAAUGCUUAUUUGGACAAGCAGAAAAAAAAUGAGCUGGAGAGAUGGAUUCACGAGGUGAAAGCAAGCAGCCUGGGACAGUGAAAUUGUGUGUGUGUGUGUGUGGGAGGGGGGAAAGAAAGACAUGUUUGGCCCCCCAAGUCUGGAAAAAAAAGAAUGGCAUUGGAACUGGCCCAGCCAUACUCCACCCCUCCCUCCCCAAAAAAGACUGAUACAUGAACUACGAGUCUGUCUGUCUGUCUGUGUGAGCAUUGUACACUAAGAAGUAAGCCUUCUGUUCUUCAUGUUCCGUUUCUUUCUUUAAACGCUGUGAAGACUGAGAUGUUAACGUUGGAGUCUCUCUCUCUCUCUUUUCAUUUUUUUCCCUCAGCUCUCCCACAUUUUUUCCAAAGCAUGACAAGAAACAGACUUCAAAGAGCCUCAUAAGUGGUGUAGACUUGGUUCUUUUUUUCUAUUAGCUAUGUCUCUCUGUCGCUCUCUUUCUCUCCCUCUAUCUCCCCUUGGCAAUGCCCCUGUGCGCCAUGUCCCUUUCUGUCAAACCUGCUUUGCCUUGUUGACAGAAACAAGCGAGUAUGUAUUUGUGAAAGGAUCAAAAUCCCCUGCCUGUAGAUAAUACCUUUCUGUUUUACGCUAUGUCUUUGUCUGCCUUUGCUGUCCUGGUGUGCGAGUCAGAAAGAGGGGGAAAGUUUUGUUUGUUUGUUUUUUUUCUUCUCCCUUUGGGGUUCAGAAAUGACCGUUCACGUAAAGAGGGAGGAGGGGGAGGGGGGUUGGAGUCUCUGAGGAUGAGAAUCCUGUGUUGUAGCUAUUCUUCAAUUUGUUGUAUCUAUAUCAAUGAGAAAGGAAAAUCCUGCAGUAGGAUAAUGGUAUAUUGCUUGCAUUGUUAGACAGUGAGAAAGAACAAGAGGUGCAAUAUAUGGGAAAAGAGAAUUCAGCUACUGAAGGGAACCUCAGAAACUGCCCUUAGGGUGACUUAUAACGAAAAAAAAGUAUACAUAUAAAUAUAUUUAAAAUAACAACCGUAACUUAAUGUGAAUGUAAAUAGUAUUUAAAAAAUGAAGAGGUCCAAAAAAUGUGUUUGCCAAAUAACAGAAAACCUUUAAAGUAUAAAGACUAGAAUUGAAUUUCUCUCCAUUUCAUCUGUUUCUGAUUUUGUUUGCUUUGCUAUGUUUUGUUCCGUUUCAACAUCAACACAGUAGUAAUUACGGAUUUCAAAGUGUCCAUUACAUUCAUGGAUAUUUGCAGAUGCCUGUGUAGAGAAAAGGAGAGCAAUUUCAUCAAGAAGUGUGUAGCCCACCCAGAAGAUGGUUUUCUUCGAAGUUCGAAGUAGAAGGUGUCAUUUUACCCUCAUUACCGCAUAUACUAAGGUUGCCACUUCAUGUUUGAGAUACGGAAACAAAAAUGGGAUAGUAAAAACAAAGGGCUACAUGUAAUUGCCACAAAGAUUAGACGCUUCACUGUCAGAUGGCUGAGCCACAGAGAAGACUGAUUGACACCAGGGUGAAGUUGAGAAACAUUGCCACCCGUUGGGCCAUCAUAGAACUGCACUAGUCCAGUUAUGGUCCAAAUAUGCUCUGAGACAAACACACACACACACACAUACAAACUCUCACACCCUCAUAUAUGCCAUGGCCUCCACAUCAGCCCCAGAUGCAAAGAGAACCAGAGACCGUUUCCAUGGGGAUCUUCUCACUUUAAGUGCAGCGGCAGUGUGCAUUACUCAUGCCAAUGUAGUGUACAUUCAAGUGGGGAGCAGCCUUUGCUAUAUUCUUUUAGCCAGACAAAUUGUGAUUCUAGUUUUUCCAAUGCUUUUUAAUCACAUCCAUACAUCUUCUGGCACUGUUGGCUGAGCCCUUCUUCCAUACAUACAGAUUGUGCAUUUACCACAAACCCUCUCGUCCCAUCUGUUGUUUCGCGCUGUACCUCCUGAAAUGGACCAAACUUGAACGACCUUUCUUUGUUUUUGUUUAUCUUUGUGCUGUAACAAAGCACUAUGGGGACAGAUUCGCCGACACAUUUGUUAGCCUCGUCAGCUUGUUUUUAUUUUUUAAACUUCAAUCGUUAUUUAAUUUAUCAUAGCAUAUCUAUUUUCGUAUGUCAUUAUUAUCAAAGUAAUAUAUGAAUUCUGUCAGAUGUGAUAUGCUGAGAAUGAUUCUGCUCUUGCAUAAGCUUGCUUGCAUCAGUCUCGAAAAAAAGCAUUUUGUAUUUAAACCAGAUUGAACUAAUUAGCUUCGACUCACAGAGAACUCCUCUCGUGUCCUCUUCAAUUGUUCCACUCCCCUCCAGCUUCUGGAUGUUUCCCUGACAUAUCGGACUGAUGUCUGCGUUGCCUAUACUGCCAAUGCCCAACAGUUCAUGGAGAAGGAAUCCAGUGAGGCUGGAAAGUGUACAGAGUACAAAAAGAUAAACAAAUGUUGCCACAGUGACAGACGCGCAAAAUGCAUCCAGUCAUACUUUUAGACCUCAUGAGUGUGACUGAGGAACACUAGUACUUCAAGGGUGUCAUUACGUCUUCUUUACAUCUCCAAAUGAGUGUGAGCGAGUGCUUGUGUUUGUGAGUUGCACAGUCAGUACUGCGUCGAAACUAAACUGUAAAUGUUUUGGAGUCAGCUAUUUUUAGUCACCGAGCAGCAAGAUCUGCAUGUGUUGUACUUGUGUGUCAGGCUUUAAUAUGUCAGUGUGAAUGACUGAACCAAAUGCCAUUGUUUGAAGACAAAAAAAAAUGCCAUCUUUUGAUUUUGACAUGUUCUGAAGAUUGAGUGCACAACCCUCAGAAUUGUGUGUGACCCAGUUGUGACCCAAGUCAUUUCUAAAGCACAGACCAAAGUACUUCUGUAAGGCUUCAGACUUGAGUAGGGAGGGAAAGCAGACCCUUGUGUUACCUGAAACUGAGUGAGAGACCCUAUGAUCAUUAACCAAAGUGUCUGCAAUACUUAAAAUCAACGAGAAACACACAUCGAAAGCACAACACUAAAUAUCAAUACAUUCUGCAAAGGUCAAGGUUCAACUCAAGGCGUCCAGAGGCUUGUCCUCAUAAAUCAAGAAUAACAUAACAGGAACGUUUUAGUAGUAAACUAUAACUCCUACUCAGUCAGACUGACGUCGAGGAAGUGUGUGUUUAGCAAAACCCUGCUCCCAGGAGAGCUGUCCCUUUCUUGAAUUUUACCUUACAAUUUACAACUUUACUUGAACCUCAAGAGCUUUAAAAGAAAAAAAGAAAACCUCAGACUGAUGAUAGAGGAUGUCCUUCACACCCUGGGAUGUGUUAUUGCGUGUCUGACUGUGGCAACAUUUGAACAAAACAAAAAAGUGUGCGGUACGAAAACUCAAUAUUCUUUUUGACCAUGUAUUUUUUUUCCUCUUGACCAAAACUGAACCAAAUAGGCCUCAUAAGUGAUUCUUCUCUCUCUUGUGUGUUGGGUACUUUCAGUUAGGCAGGCUGCGGCUGUUUGGGUAAUGAUUUGCUUGGGACGCUGGCCAUGUAAGUAGUUUGUAAAUACAACAGGAGUCGAAAGGAUGUUCUGGGCUCUUCCUAUAUAUUUAAUACUAGUGUGUGUAUGUGUGUGCAUGUGUGCGUGUGUGUGUGUGAGAGAGAAACAGGAUGACAUUGGCAUAAAACCACACAAGAGGUCAGUGGCUCUCUGUAAUAACGGUGCUCAAUAAUGGAUUGUAAAACAUCACAGACACAUUACAAGACAACUUGGGGUCAAUAUGUAUUUCCACCAUUAGUAUCAACUUGGAUGUCAGCGUUAGUUCAUGAAUGGAACAACAUUGCUCAUUCAUUCAUUCAUUCAUUCAUUCAGUGUGUGAUUGUACUGUAAAAAGACAAAUGAAAGCGCUCUGUUGCUAGCAAGGUGGGCACAGCACUUGGUCUCCCAAAAGCCAUGAUGGAGAGGGACAUUUAAUAUAGAUACUUCAAACAAAAGGCUUGGUUUGAUAUUUGUAGGAUUAUAUAUGUAUUGUGCAAUACAGAAUAACAGAAAAGGGAAAUGUUUCUGUACGAAAAAAAGGUGGGCGUGUUGAAGGAAUUGAUUUUAUUUUUUGUUUUGAUUAAUUCUCUGCUUGUUUUAUUUUCCAUUUUGAAGGUCCUGUUCUCAUUCUCUAGAUAAAGUGAACCGUGCCAGGAUAAUUUUUACGUUUAUUUAUUUCUUGCAUGCUCUCCUCCCCCCUCUUUUUGCUAUUUCCCUUCUCUCUAACUGUGCGCUAUGUUGGAUAUGUGAAGUUGUAAUCAUUCUAAUUCAGGUUAUUGUCUGUGUUGCGCUAUGUAUC